UGAGGACCAUUCGGAGGCUACUGAUAGCAUUAUGCUAGCAGAGGCUAGUGUUGUCACAGGGAUUCAUGAGCUACCUUUUAUCAUUUUAAUACUUUAAUUGAGACUCCGUCAUGUCUCAGGUGGAGAAGAAGGCCGGGCUGCUGAGAAGGACGUCGUCCUCUAAGAAACCCUUGAAAGAGAAGGUGGUGCUGAUGUAUGAUGAGAUUUUUGCAAAAGAAGACCCAGCCAAGAACAACCCUCGCUUCUGGGACGAGCUGUUUCUUAUGAAGGUGAACCUUGAGUACCUGGAGUCCAAGUUGGAGAGUGUAGAUGGGGAGGAGGUUCAGCGGAUCCAGGACAACAUCAACUCUCUGUUCCACCACUGUGUCCAGGCUCUGGGAGAGGAGCACCAGAUCAAAGUGGUCAAUGCCCUGCAGACACUCUGCGCACUUUUCCGGGGGGUUCACCAGAAAAACAAGUCUGCAUCUGGCUUUGACAUCAUCAACAUGCUCAUGGGCUUCGACAAGGCUGAGCAGAGAAUGAAGGACCUGAUGGAGAGACUGGACAGCCUGCUUUGUGGGGACGGCUCAGAGAGUCUGAAGAGCCUUUGUCUCAAACUGCUGCUGUGUCUGGUGACGGUAACAGACAAUAUUAGUCAGAACACCAUACUAGAAUAUGUGAUGAUCAACAGCAUCUUCGAAGCUAUUUUACAGAUUCUGUCAGAUGUGUCCAGUAGAGGGCAGCAUGGUUAUGAUGCUGUGGUCCUCCUGGCCCUGUUGGUCAACUACAGGAAAUAUGAGUCUGUGAAUCCAUACAUUGUAAAACUCUCCAUUGUGGACGAUGAGCCAACACUAGAUGGAAUGGGGAUGGUCGUCCACCAAGCUCUGACAGAAUAUAACAGGCAGUACAAAGACAAAGAGGAGGAGAACCAGGGCGGGUUCUUCUCUACCCUCACCAGUAUGGUGGGCAGCAUGUUUAUAGCUGACGCUGAUGAGAAACUUUCUGUACAGACCAAUGAGGCGAUUCUGCUGGCGCUCUAUGAGGCUGUGCACCUUAACCGCAACUUCAUCACUGUAUUGGCUCAGAGCCACCCGGAGAUGGACAUUGCAACCACACCUGUCACCCCGACUCCAACCACACCUACAACACCACUCGGUACAACACCGCCCUCCUUAGACAUGAUGAACAACCCAGAGCUUCCUCUGGAUCCAAACCUGCAGACCAGCAACCUUCUCAUCACCUUCCUCAAAUACGCCUCCAUUGUGAUGCAGGAUACUAAAGAUGAGCAUCGACUCAACAGUGCCAGACUGUGCCUAAUCAUCCUCACCUGCAUAGCCGAGGACCAGUAUGCUGAUGCCUUUCUUCAUGAUGACAACAUGAACUUCAGAGUCAACCUCCACAGAAUGCCCAUGAGGCACAGAAAAAAAGCAGUGGACAAGAACAUCCCUUCACGGCCGCUGGUGUGUGCAGUUCUAGAUCUGAUGGUGGAGUUCAUUGUCACUCAUAUGAUGAAGGAUUUCCCCAUGGAUUUAUACUUGCGCUGUGUGCAGAUCAUCCACAAACUCCUGUGCUACCAGAAGAAGUGCAGAAUAAGGUUACACUACACCUGGAGAGAGCUCUGGUCAGCUCUCAUCAACCUGCUCAAGUUCCUGCUGUCCAACGAGACCACACUGCUGGCCAAGCACAACAUCUUUCAUCUGGCCCUGCUGGUGGUGAACCUGUUCAACAUGUUUAUAACAUACGGAGACACGUUCCUGCCCACCUCCAACAGCUACGACGAGCUCUACUAUGAAAUCGUACGAAUGCACCAGGUCUUCGACAACCUCUACUGUAUGGUUCUGAGAGUAUCAACCAACACAGGCCAGUGGAAGGAGGCAGCCAGCAAAGUCACGCAUGCCCUCGUCAAUGUUCGGGCCAUCAUCAACCAUUUUAACCCCAAGAUUGAGUCUUACGCUGCUGUGAACCACAUCUCCCAGCUGUCAGAAGAACAGGUGUUGGAGGUGGUUCGCUCCAACUAUGACACUCUGACGCUCAAACUGCAGGACGGUCUGGACCAGUUUGAGAGAUACUCGGAGCAGCCCAAAGAGGCCGCCUUCUUCAAGGAGCUGGUGCGCUCCAUCAGUCUGAAUGUCAGGAAGAACGUCUCUCUGAACACACUGAGUCAGGACGUCCUGCUCAAAGAGUUCUCCACCAUCUCCUGAGACACCCAGCCUCCUCCUCCUCCUUCACAUGGACAUUAAACAGUACAUUAGUGUGCUUGUGGACAUGUAAACAAACUUCCACACAUACAAUACAAACACCAACAAGUACAAUCGCCGAUUGUUCUUCCCAUGAUUCCUCCUGGUUCCUCAUCCUCUCGAACUGAACGAUGGAAGCAGAGACGGACUCGCUGGCGGCUGGAUGCACCUAAAGGAAGGAAAGACCCCAAAACUCUCCAGACUUUCCCCCUUUGUGGUCGUUCAUAUGUGUGUGUGAUAAUUUAAGGAAGUGCCCGCAAUGCACUGGUACCUGUGCAAUUUAAAGUAUUGGCUGGACUGUUAACCGACAGUUUGGAUUUAAUCAAAUUUAAGUGUUUUGGUAACACUUUCUAUGAAGACUACAUCUAUAGUGCAUUAUGAGCGCAUUCAUAG